AUGGUUGGCGCAUUCCCCGUGUUCAAAUUAGGCGUCCUCGCAGUCAAGCAGAUUAGCCGCCCAAUCGCCAAUCGCCUUAAACAAAAGGCCUCUCAUAACGGUUUCUUUCGGCGUUACUUAUGCAUCCCCUCAGGGCAACUUUAUCACAUAUGGAACACACGACUGAAGCUGAAAAUACUUGGUUUGAACAAACCAAAAGAUGUGAAGAAGCUACCCGAGGAGAGCGCCGCCGAGGUAGGAGCCGAAAUCCUCGGCGAAUGCAUUAUGUUCAGCAUAGGUGCAUUCCUCAUAUUCCUUGAAUAUCGACGACAGUCGAGAAAUGAAGCGGAAAAAGAGCGGAAAGCGCGAUCCGAGUUAGUAGCUCUGCACAACGCAAUACAGGGCCUAGAAUCAAGAGUCGCCUUUCAAUCUGAGGCCCUCUACAAGCUUUCGCAGCGCCUUGAGGUCAAAUAA